AGUCACCCACGCAGAGUCACCGUCAUCAAUUUCGCGACCUUCCACCUCCCGCUCCACAGCCCCUCGAUAGCGGCCUGCCAGAGAAGGGAGCUGAAGAUGGCCAAGGAGCUGCAGGGCAGGGCCAGCGAUGAGCGCUACGGAGUCAUCCGGGUCCUCGACACGUUCCAAUUCCGCGGGCACAAUUGCCUCGUCGUCGAGCUCUUGAAGAGGAGCCUCAAAGACGUCGUGAGAAAAGGGAGCGCCGGGCGGAUCUACCCGAGGCGUCUGAGGGAGUACACCGGGGCCAUCCUCGACUUCCUGCUGUACGCCAAGGGGCGGGGCGUCGUCCACGCGGACAUCAAGCCGGACAACAUUCUGCUCACCGCGGACGGCAAAGUGAGGGUCAACGACUUCGGAUGCAGCUUCUACCUGAAGUAUAAAACCCAAACCGUGGGCGGGACGUUGCCCUACAUGGCCCCGGAGCUGCUGCUGGGCUACCGUGUCACCUGCGCCGUGGACAUGUGGGCCCUGGGCUGCACUGUGGCCGAGUUGGCCACCGGCAAGGUGCUCUUCAAUUCACAGACCUACAAAGACCACCUGCACCGCUGCAUCGAGAUGCUGGGCAUGCCCCCGAAGAAGAUGGUGGACGAAGCCCCUUACAGGAAAAAUUACUUUGACUCUGAGGGACUCCCCGACAACCUGUCCAAGCUGAGGCCACCGGGAAGUAUCCCCCUGCACCGCGUUCUGUGGGGCCGUCACCCUCAGCUGGUGGACUUCGUCAGCCGCUGUCUGCAAUGGGAUCCGAAACUCCGGAUGACGCCUAAGAAGGCGCUGGCUCACAGCUGGCUCCAAACCAUCAUCACCACCACCACCACCACCACGAGCAGCACCCCCACCACCAGCAGGGCCACGCCCACCACCAGCAAGGCCACUCCCACCGCCAGCAAGGCCACUCCCACCGCCAGCAGGGCCACUCCCACCGCCAGCAAGGCCACUCCCAACGCCAGCAAGGCCACUCCCACCGCCAGCAAGGCCACGCCCACCGCCAGCAGGGCCACUCCCACCGCCAGCAAGGCCACUCCCAACGCCAGCAAGGCCACUCCCAACGCCAGCCAGGCCACUCCCACCGCCAGCAGGCAGAAGCAAGAGACAGGCUCUGCUUGA